CUCUCAAUAUUAAUAUACAUCUAAACAUCAAUCAAGCAUCUCCCUUCCAAAUUAAGCUUCUACUUUGUUUUCUUGAAGCUCAAGUAAUGAAUUUUUGUGGCCUGUUGUGCUAACUAUAUGUAGAUAUGCAUGCAAAAACUAGAAUCACCAUCUAUAACCACAGAUCAUUCAGUCGAAAUCCCCCUCCCAAAAAAAGAAUAGCCACAUAGCUUCUCACUUUGAAAUUAAAUGGCCCAAAAAGAUGAAAAUGUGAGGCAAGUUACCAAAAGAGGAGGUGGACAAGGAAGCAGAGGAGACCAAGACCAACCUGCAGAAAUUGAGGUGAGUAUUACAAUCCAUGAGGAGGCAAGUCCCAGGGAGGAGAGACUCAACAAAUUAAGGGAAGAAGCACCGCCAAUUCAGGCUGAAAAGGUGAAACCAAAGAUCCAAAAGGUUCCCUUCAUGCUCCGACAAGACAAAAAAUUCGACAAGUACUACGAGCCAAUUGUUGCAGCACUCGGUCCCUUCCACCAUGCUCGGUUGCCACAGUACGAGUAUGCAGAGAAAAUCAAGCUUAAAUUAGCUGCAAACUUUGUCAGAGACAGUAAGCAGAAUGAUGCAGAUCUGCUCAAGAAGGUUGAGGACAAUAUCAAUGAACUAAGGAAGUGCUAUGAUGAGGAAGCAACAAAGAAAUAUGAUGACGAAUUCCUCGCGUGGAUGUUGUUCGUUGAUGGGUGCUCCACACUGGAAUUCAUAUACAAAUAUGAUGAAUUAGAAAAUUUUCAGAUCAAGAGAGACCAGGUGGCCUUUGUAGAACAUGACAUAUUCUUGCUGGAGAACCAACUUCCUUAUCAACUCCUCCAGCUGUUGAUGAGCUCGAGCCAAAUACAUAAGGAAUUGAAGAAAUCAAUCGAUGAGUUUGUUGGGAGAAACAGCCCUGCAGCAGCACCAGCAGAUCAGAACGGACAAAAUCCAGAAGCAGAAGAACAGAGGUCACAACCAGGACAAGAAGUAGAAGCAGAGCCAACUCAUCUGCUCGAGCUUCUUCGGACAACAAUGCUACCUUACGAAAGUGAGAAAAAAGAAGGUACUCAACGUUCCCACUCUUUUCGCAAUGUGCAAGAGCUUCAGGCAUCUGGGAUCCAUUUUAAACCUAGUGAGGGCAACUCAUUGAGGAGCAUAUAUUUUGGGUCUUUCCAUCUAUUCCAUGGAAUCCUUCAUCUUCCUCAAAUAAAAGUCGACGACUCGACCAGACCCAAGUUCAUGAACUUGAUAGCCUACGAAAUGUGUCCCGAUUUCCACAAUGAUUUCGGGGUCACAUCUUACAUAUGCUUCCUCGAUUCGCUCAUCGAUCAGCCCGAUGAUGUAAAGCAUCUGAGGAAAAAGCAGAUACUUCGAAACUUCCUUGGGAAUGACGAGGAGGUGGCUCAGCUCUUCAAUGAGAUAGGCACUGACUUGGUGCCUAACAAUGACAUUUACUCCUCUGUUAAAGACCAAAUAGAAGAUCACUACGACAACUGGGGUAACAGAGUGAUGGCUCAAUUCUUUCACGAGCAUUUCAGCAGCCCCUGGACUGGUAUUGCUUUCCUUGGUGCUCUCCUAGCUCUUGGGUCGAGCAUCGUUCAGACUGUUUACUCAGUCCUCGGUUAUCAUAGUAGUAAAUAGGAUUCUCUAUAAGCAGAGAUUCACAACUCCAAUCCUCCACACCCUCUCCCUGCAAUAAGAGAUGAGCUAUGGGCACUGAAAAUGUCUAGGCUUACACUCAUUUCUGUUUUCUGGUUUGCUCCAACUACUGUACGCAAGAGUGUGACUAAAUAAAUCAAGUUGAACAUGUAUUGGUUUUUCUGUUUUCUUAA